AUGGCCAUGACAGGACAGUCAGAGAGUUCAGAGACAGCCACCAUGGCCAUAACAGGACAGGAAGAGAUUUCACAGGCGGCCUCCAUAGCCGUGACUGGACAGGAAGAGACUUCCUUGGCCGUGGCUGGACAGGCAGAGAGUUCACAGGCGGACACCGCUGCCUCUGGAGGAGCUGAAGCAGACGCCGCCACUUCAGGAGAUUCAGCUGCGCAAACUGCCACCUCAGGAGGAGCUGGACUCAGAAGAGUAAUUGGAACAAGAAACGACACUCCUGGCCAUGACGAGGGAACUGGAGUCACUGGAACAGGGAACGGCACUCCUGGCCGUGACGAGAGAACUGGAGUCAUUGGAACAGGGAACGGCACUCCUGGCCGUGACGAGAGAACUGGAGUCAUUGGAACAGGGAACGGCACUCCUGGCCGUGACGAGAGAACUGGAGUCAUUGGAACAGGGAACGGCACUCCUGGCCGUGACGAGAGAACUGGAGUCAUUGGAACAGGGAACGGCACUCCUGGCCGUGACGAGAGAACUGGAGUCAUUGGAACAGGGAACGGCACUCCUGGCCGUGACGAGAGAACUGGAGUCAUUGGAACAGGGAACGGCACUCCUGGCCGUGACGAGAGAACUGGAGUCAUUGGAACAGGGAACGGCACUCCUGGCCGUGACGAGAGAACUGGAGUCAUUGGAACAGGGAACGGCACUCCUGGCCGUGACGAGAGAACUGGAGUCAUUGGAACAGGGAACGGCACUCCUGGCCGUGACGAGAGAACUGGAGUCAUUGGAACAGGGAACGGCACUCCUGGCCGUGACGAGAGAACUGGAGUCAUUGGAACAGGGAACGGCACUCCUGGCCGUGACGAGAGAACUGGAGUCAUUGGAACAGGGAACGGCACUCCUGGCCGUGACGAGAGAACUGGAGUCAUUGGAACAGGGAACGGCACUCCUGGCCGUGACGAGAGAACUGGAGUCAUUGGAACAGGGAACGGCACUCCUGGCCGUGACGAGAGAACUGGAGUCAUUGGAACAGGGAACGGCACUCCUGGCCGUGACGAGAGAACUGGAGUCAUUGGAACAGGGAACGGCACUCCUGGCCGUGACGAGAGAACUGGAGUCAUUGGAACAGGGAACGGCACUCCUGGCCGUGACGAGAGAACUGGAGUCAUUGGAACAGGGAACGGCACUCCUGGCCGUGACGAGAGAACUGGAGUCAUUGGAACAGGGAACGGCACUCCUGGCCGUGACGAGAGAACUGGAGUCAUUGGAACAGGGAACGGCACUCCUGGCCGUGACGAGAGAACUGGAGUCAUUGGAACAGGGAACGGCACUCCUGGCCGUGACGAGAGAACUGGAGUCAUUGGAACAGGGAACGGCACUCCUGGCCGUGACGAGAGAACUGGAGUCAUUGGAACAGGGAACGGCACUCCUGGCCGUGACGAGAGAACUGGAGUCAUUGGAACAGGGAACGGCACUCCUGGCCGUGACGAGAGAACUGGAGUCAUUGGAACAGGGAACGGCACUCCUGGCCGUGUCCAGGGAACUGGAGUGGAUUCAAGGACUUGA